UCGGCGAAGGCGGAGAUAAUCAGUCUCUCCCCUGAUAUUUACUUCAUUUGCUUAAAUCUUCGAUUACCACAAUGAAUAUCAUGUUAUUCUUGAUAUUUGUGGUAAUAAUGUGUGCCAUGCACCAAGGGCCUGCUGUAUAUCGGGACCUUACGUGCAUGGAGCCCGAACCAGGAUAUGCCAAAAGAUUGUUUUAUUAUUUCACCGCAAGUGAAAUUGAGAAAGUCUGUCCAACGGUUACCGAUCUGACAUGGCGAAUUAGAACUGCGGUAUUCUAUUGUCUGCUGUGGAUGCUUCUUACCCUGAUGUUGGGCUAUGCGCCGUCGAUCGGAAAAACCGUCAAGGAGAAAUUGUCAGCCGCCGUGUCAAUGUUCCAAGAAUGGAGAGCUUGUCCUUCCCUCUGCCGUCACUGCGGUACUGCCCCGUGUCAGGUUAAAAGGAGAUCCUUGUGGAAGCCCUCCGGUACUCGUAAGAAAGACAAGGCGAAUUUCACAAAAAGGUCAAACGCUAUGAUGUUGUUUUACUAUGGACUAGAUCUGUCCGCGGUACUGACCAAAAAGCUGCGCUGGAAUGACCUUUACUUGGAGAGGAAGCUCGUCCAGCAUUUCGAGGAGGAGCAUUUGCGGUUGUUCCCACUCUGCAUCCAGCGUCAUAUCAACUACUGGCACCCUGUCCCUCGCUAGAUUCGUUUUGCCGUUCAAAGAGAAGAAUGUGGAUUGCAGUCGAUGGUGGAAUAGAAGUUUCAGAUUGAUGUCAGAGACUCGAUUUAUUUGCCUUCGUUUUUUGGUCACGAUCCGAUAUGAUUGGAAUGAUGUUUGGCCAAUGUGAUUUAGUACCUUAUAUUUGUUUUAUUGAAUUGUAACUCUAUGGAUCUUGACCACUAGUGGUUUCGUGAAGAACUGAACCGAUACCUGAUAAAUUGGCCAUUAUAACUUGGCUAGCAUUGUCCAGCAUUGGUCCAGUUUAUAAAUUUCGAUGGUGUUUGUUUGAUUGGUCAGUUGCUAACAUGUUUCUAUUGGCCAUUAGGUGAUUUGAGUAGUUGUGGAGCUGAAAAGUUGGCCAAGUAGCAUUGGUCAGUUCGUAGUCGAUUCGCCUUGUGUGGUUCCACACUGUUUGCGGCUAUCAUUUCGAACGUUUCUAACUCUGUCACAUCUUGAAAGCUAUCGGCCCCUCGUACAUUUAUGCUAAGCUUAGUAUUGUGGCAUAUCAAAAUAAAUUGAUUCUGCAAUGACCGCUAAUGGCAUGGUUUGGUGGUGUUGUUGUGGUCAGUUAUACAUUCGGUCAAACUGACCCACAGGUUUUGUAAAAUUACCAACAUUGUAUUAGUCAGUUUUACUUUUGCGAAUUUGUGUGGUAAC